GGUACACAUAUCUUUUUAUUCCCCGGACACAAGACUGCGGUUUUUGCUGUCAGUUAUUUAAGUAAAAGUUAGCGAAACAGCACUAGCAAAAGCACGACCACGACCCCGUUGUACACCAAUCUGCCCUUCCAAACCAGUGCAAAAAUCGUUCCUGUUGCAAUCUUCUGCAGGAUGAACUCAACUAAAAAUCCGCUUCUACCUCCAAGCGUCAUGUUGCUAAGCGGAAGCGUUCGACGAGUAGCGCUCUAUUUUUCCCUGUUUCUGCCCACGCUUCAGUUGUCGCUGAAGGUCGUGAACAGUGAAACAACAAGGAAGAAUGCGCGACAUCGUGACCAGAUGAGGAGAAAAAUCACGCGGUCGCCUCCAUGGGAGGAAAGGGAAACUACCCAGACGCGGGACGAUGCCGAGCAAACGAGGACCACCCGAAGUGGCAGCGGGUCCUCAAGUGCUUUGCUUUUGGCGGAACAAGCGGAAGCUGCUGCGACUGCUAGUAUGCACGAGAAGAAAGUAGUAGAGCAAGAGGAGCAGCAGCACCAGCAGGGGCGCCAAAGAACUACGUCGAGUCGUGCUACACUGACGACAAAUAAAGGAACUGACGCGAAGACCAUCAAACUGCGUCCUGGUGAUACUCUAUCCAGUUACAAAACAAUCCCGAGAUUUACGAUGGCAGCCUCGGGGACAGGCUGCAGAACGAAUUGUAUGCGUUUUCCAUCGAGAACUCAGCAUUGA